AUGAAGUUCUCUCUCGCCACUCUCGCCGCCGGCGUUCCUCUCGCCCUCGCCGCUGCCGCUCCCCAGCCCCAGGCGAAUGGCAUCCGUGCCAUCUUCGGCCGCAUCCCCGGCCAGGGCACCGAUCUCCCCGUCACCACCCGCACCAAGUGCACCAAGAGGCCCAAGCGCACCGUGACCGUCACCGUCACCGCUGACGGCGUGACCAACGUCCAGCAGGCCACGGAGACCAUCACUAUCACUGCCGACGGCGUGACCGACGUCCAGCAGGCUACGGAGACCAUCACCAUCACCGCCGACGGCGUAACCGACGUCCAACACGCUACGGAGACCAUCACCGUCACCGCCGACGGCGUCACCAACGUCGAGCACGCCACGGAGACCGUCACCAUCACCGCUGACGGCGUGACCGCCAUCGAGCACGCCACGGCCACCCUCUACGAGACGGCCACCAUCCACGCGACCGAGACCGUCGUCGAGGUGGCCACCCUGCACGCCACGGAGACCCUUGUCGAGACCGCCACCCUGCACGCCACGGAGACCGUCGUCGAGGUUGCCACCGUCUCGGAGACUCACAUCGAGACGGCUACCAUCUCCGAGACUGCCACGGAGACUCACGUCGAGACCGUCUCCGAGACUCUUAUCGAGACGGCCACGGAAACUCUCGUGGAGACCGCCACCGCCACCGAGACUCUCGUCGAGACUGCCACCAUCUCCGAGACCGCCACCGAGACCCUCGUCGAGACUGCUACCGAGACUCUCGUUGAGACCGCCACUGCUACCGAGACUCUCGUUGAGACCGCCACUGCUACCGAGACUCUCGUUGAGACCGCCACUGCCACCGAGACUCUCGUCGAGACCGCCACUGCCACCGAGACUCUCGUCGAGACCGCCACCAUCUCCGAGACCGCCACCGUCGUCGAGACCCUCGUCGAGACCGCUACCGCUACCCUCAUCGAGACCGCCACCAUCUCCGAGACCGCCACCCUCACCCAGGUCAACACCGCCACCACCACCGCCACCGAGACCGCCUGCCCCGUCGCGCCCCUCAACAACGGCGGCUUCAGCGGCGCCAUCAGCUCCGCCAACGACUGGACCUUUAUCGGCACCGCCGAGGACAACCUCAACAGCGGCGCCUUCCAGCUCAAGACCACCUCCCUCAACGCCGCCCAGCAGCAGUUCCUCAUCCAGAGCGUCUCCAUCUGCCCCAAGGCCAUCUACAAGUUCUCCUUCAAGGCCCGCAGGUCCUCGGGCAGCGGCAGCUCCCAGGACAAGAUCUACCUCCGCGUCAACGGCGCCGCCGUCGUCACCGCGACCCUCACCAGCGUCCAGUCCAGCUUUUCUACUUUCGAGGCUACCUGGACCAACACCAAUGGUCUUACUGACGCCAUCAUCGCUAUCGAGUUUGACGCUGCUACCUCGACCUCGCGCACUCUCCUGAUUGACGAUGUCACCAUGACCAAGACCGGCAUGGCUCUCUAA